CCGAGCUCGCCGCGGUCCGGCAGGAGCGGGGCUGCGGCGCCCGCCCACUCGCCGGCCGGUGCCGCGCUGCCUCCUUCCCUGCGGGCGGCUGCUGAGGUAUGAAGCGUCCAUUAAGUCCUGACCACAUCGUUGAAGAUGGGAUUAUGAAUCAACCAGCUGUUCUACGGGCCUUUGAAGAAAAAGGACUGAGGAAUGACAGACAGGAUUACCAAUUAAGCAAAGAAAAAAAGAAGAUACUGUUUUCCUUCUGUGAAGUGUGCAAUAUACAGCUGAACUCUGCAGCCCAAGCUCAAGUUCAUUACAACGGGAAGUCUCACUUGAAAAGAGUGAAGCAGCUAAACAAUGGAAAACUCCCUACAAGUACAGCUCCUGGCACUUUGUUUGCAAGUACAAGCACAGGCACUACUACACUUCCCACCCUUGUGCGCACACCUACCUUGAUGAUGCAGCCUUCCCUGGAUAUCAAACCCUUUAUGUCCUUCCCUGUGGACAGCAGCUCUGCUGUUGGAUUCUUCCCAAAUUUUAACACAAUGGAUCCUGUGCAAAAAGCAGUCAUAAACCAUACAUUUGGAGUGUCCAUUCCCCCAAAGAAGAAGCAAGUCAUUUCCUGUAAUGUCUGCCAGCUUCGUUUUAACUCUGAUAGCCAGGCCGAGGCCCACUACAAAGGAAGUAAACAUGCCAAGAAGGUCAAAGCACUAGAGGCAACGAAAAACAAACCCAAAGCUGGUUCUUCCAAGGACAGCGCAAAGGUUAACACGGGCUGCUCCACCACGCCAGUCACAGCCAGCAUCUCUGACAAAUCAGAAGAUAAAGGGAAUGAAAAACCCAACUGUGUGAGUCAGCAGUCCAAUGCAGAAGUGGAUCCUUUUCUUCCCAAACCUGGAGUGGUGCCUGCAGCACCUGCCUCGUCUUCCAAGAGCACCAACGGAGCUGCUAACGCAGUUACUGAGUCAGAAGAGGAAAAAGCCAAAAAACUACUUUACUGUUCAUUAUGCAAAGUGGCUGUGAAUUCCCUUUCACAACUAGAAGCCCACAAUACAGGCUCCAAGCACAAGACCAUGGUUGAAGCUCGGAAUGGUGCUGGUCCCAUCAAGUCUUACCCUAGGCCUGGAUCCCGAAUGAAGGUGCAGAAUGGCAGCAAAGGCUCAGGACUGCAGAACAAGACGUUCCAUUGUGAAAUCUGUGAUGUCCAUGUUAAUUCAGAAAUUCAGCUUAAACAGCACAUUUCCAGCCGAAGGCAUAAGGACAGAGUUGCAGGAAAGCCUAUGAAACCUAAAUACAGUCCUUACAACAAACUGCAGCGCAACCCAAGUAUUUUAGCAGCAAAACUCGCAUUCCAGAAGGACAUGAUUAAGCCGCUGGCACCUGCUUUCCUGUCAUCUCCUCUUGCUGCAGCUGCAGCUGUCUCCUCAGCUCUGUCCCUACCUCCCCGGCCCUCAGCAUCCCUGUUCCAAGCACCAGCAAUUCCGCCAGCCCUCCUCAGGCCAGCCCACGGGCCCAUCCGGGCAACGCCUGCCUCCAUACUCUUUGCACCGUACUAAUUUAUUGAUGUGAAAAGAGAUAACUAUGGCCAGUACAAAGGGCAAAGGAAAGCAGGAAAGGGGUUGAGGUUUUAAAAUGUUUCUCUUUUGCAAUGCCAUCCAGCAUGACACCUCAUCCAAGCACAUCAUAAAAUCCAUCACUGGCAGCACUGCGUUUUGGAGUCUAGACAACUCUGUCUUCUCUCUGUCUCUAUUUUUUUAAUCACAAUAGUGUGAUUUGCUUCCAAAUUAAAUU